AAAAAUAUUAAAUCUAAUUCUCGCUUCUGAUAUAUUUCUGGAUUCGUCCGAGAGCGAAAAUCGCAUACGCAAACAAUGAGUACCACCACUGCUAAACCCCUGAAGAUGAGUGACACUGCCCUAAAGUUCGGACCUGAAUGGCUCAGAGCUUUAUCUCACGGAGACACUGCAGUAUCCCCACCACCCAGUCCCAGCCUUGGAGCACCUCGAUACAAGCUGGCCCAACACCGGUAUGGGAGAGAAGAAAUGCUAGCCCUCUAUGACAAAAUGAUGAAGGCCCCUGAUGACUUAGCCACAGCCCCACCACUCUACAUUGAAAAGACACAAACUCCCCUUGCACUUAUUCAAAUGUCUGACGAAGAGAUGCGUAUGUGGCAGCGCGGAGUUAACAGUGAUGUUGUCCUAAAACAAAUGGGUCGAAGUGCGGGUCCCCCAGUUGGAGGCAGUGGUCCAGCGGUGGGAGCCGGAGCUUCUCGAGGUCGAGGCGGUGGAAGCGUAGACCGCGGUCGAGGACGAGCCCGUGGUGUCGGUUCUGCAGUUGGAUCAUAUAAUCGUGGAACAAGUUAUGAAGAUGGAGGAGACCCAGGAGAACAUGGGAAUCGUAGAGAAGGCCCAUCAACUGGUUACGGAAGAGGAACUACUCGCCAUUUUGAGAGAUCCCAGAGUUCCUCUGAACGUGUUUGGAUUGAGCGACCCGAGAGAAAUGGUGGUGGAGCCGAAUCAGAGACGUGGAACGGCUCGACUAGUCCGCGCAAAGAGUUUGGCGCUGUACGCCCUGCCGCCGGCGACAAUAAUUGGCGGUCUCGUGAGGCCAUGAAGGAACGCGAGCGAGCCGAGAACAAAGAAGAAGAAGAUGGCUGGCGAACGGCUGGUCGUGGUGAACGCUGGGGUCGAGCUGGCUGGCGUUCUGACCGAGAAGGUGGGGAGCGUGAGCCACCGGGUGUCGGUGAGAAACGUGAUCCAUGGGUAGAAGGCAGCAGUGGCGGAGUGGCUGGAAGCGGCGUUGGUACUGGAGAACGUUCGGAAAAGGCUCAUCGUACGUGGGACGAGGAAGGUCGUCCGACGGGUGGUUCCGGCUACUAUUCUAAUAGCAAGGGAGGUGGUAGAGGUGGACAUCACCCCAAUCGUCGAGGUUGGGAUGAGAACGAUUCACUUCCCGAGUGGGUGGCUGCGGAAGAUUUACAAGGCGGAGGAACGUUCGACUCCUCCGGCGCUUUCCGCGACGAAAGGUGGUCGGACGAAGAUGAUGGUGAUGGCAAAAAAAGGCGUGUGCUUCGAAAGAGGGUCGACCCCUCACAUGAAGGAAUUGCUGGAGCUGAAGAUAGCGGUGGCAGUGGCACGGCUGUCACGGCCGAUUCCCCAUCAAGGGCUUCAGACAAUGUCCAAGAACAGCAAGUCUCGGAUGAAUCCGUUCCUACUGCCGUUGCUGUUCAAGCUGGUGCGCAGCAGGCCACCAGCAGUUCAACUCCUCCGGUCCAGCGUGGCCCUAGUCCGGAGUCUACGUUGUCAUCUCAACCCACUCGUGUGGACGAGGACGGUUUGGAACACGCUCAAUCCGUCGUUUCUACGCUGGUUGCUCAAUUAGUGGAAGACGAAGACCAGCCGAAACCAUCGCUCAGCCCGCCAAACCCUCCGCUGAAUUUGAGCAUGGACCAAUGGUUUUACAGAGAUCCACAGGGUGAAGUGCAGGGUCCGUUUACUUCGGCUGAAAUGACGGAAUGGUUUAAUAGUGGUUACUUCACAAUGGCGCUGAGUGUUCGGCGCGCAUGUGACGAGCGUUACGCUCAAUUGGGAGAACUGACAAAGAUGUGGGGACGUCUGCCCUUCAUGCCCGGACCUCUCAUCCCUCCCAUGAAGAACUCGGAUUUACAUCCGAUGGCGGCUGAGCAGGAAAAGCUGCAGAUGAUUCAACAACAGCUCAUCCAGCAGCAGAUGUUCCAACAGCAAAUGAUGCAGCAACAGCACAUGCUUAGGCAGCAAUCGAUCAUUGCGAAAUUGUCGCAGAUGGAAGGCUGGAACACGUUAUCGCCUAUCCAGCAACAGCAAGUGGUUAACCAGCACAUGGCCAACAUGCCUCAUCCCAUCCCGGGUGAUCCGCUCUUUCAGCAGCUGAGACUUCAAAUGGAAGCACAAGCUAAACUUCAGGCUGAAAUGAUUCAGCUUCAACGCAGUAAAGAACAACAACAGUCUGUUGGAGUGCAUUCUUUAGUCAGCCAUCUCAAUCAGCAGCAGCAGCCACAGCCAGUAUUAGAACAGCAAGCGCUUGCCAACAACUCGAUGAAGUCUCAUGAUCCCAUUCAAGUGUUUCUCCAACAAUUGUUGGGACAAUCAAAAUCACCUCCGGCCGCAAUCUCGAAGCCUUCAACUAGCAACAUCAUGAACAACCAUAAACCUCACGAAUCCCAGGUAGUCCUGGAUCCGAUCCAAAGUCUCAUUCAACAAGCUCAGUGGAACGCGAAUCACGCAGCGGCUCAAGGUGUCGUCGAUCCAGCCAUGGGCAAUCAUGUGGCACCCGGUUUUCAUGGACUGCCACCGGGUGUCGGUGUUCCUUGGCCAGCGCACAAUCAUUCAGCGCUGUUCCAAACUGGCCCCAGCGAGUCCCAGCCGGCCAUAACAUCAGUUUGGGAUCUCGAAAAUGCCAAAGUGGAAGAAGCUAAGCGGCAAAUGGAGCAACAGCAACAUCAACAGCAAUUGGCUGCGGAAAUGCACCGUAGAGAAUUGGAGGAAAAGCGGAUGAAAGAGGAGGAGGAAGAACGUCGACGUAGACUAGAAAUUCAAGAAAGAGAAGAGGAAAGGAUUAGGAUGGAAGAAAUGCGAAGAGAAACGGAACGCCAGCAGCAAGCGGAAGAGAUGCGGAGAAGAGAACUGGCGCAACAACAACAACUGCAAGCAGCGGAGGAGAAACGCCGUCGCGAGGAAGAGAAACGUAAAAGAGAGGAGGAGAUAAAACAACAACAAGUAGAAGAGGAAAGGAUCCGACGAGAGGAAGAAAGAAUGCGAAAAGAGGAAGAAAAAGCGGCUGAACAACAUCGCCGCCAACAGGAGGCCUUACAAAGGCUCCAGGAGCAGCAAGCUGUGGCUCAGGCUCAGGCUAGAGCUGCGGCGGCACAACAACAAGCUGCCGCUGCUGCAGCCGCUCAACAACAAGCCCAGGCUCAAGCUCAAGCCAAGGCUGCCCAGGCCAUGAUGGCACCUUGGGCUCAACAGCAACAACAACAGCAACAGCAACAACACACCGGUGAAUCACUGAGCAUGGCUGAGAUUCAAAAGUUGCAGGAAGAGAAGGAAGCUAAGGAGAGAGCUAUUGCGCAAGCACAGAAGGUGGAACAAACGGCUCGAGCGGCCGCGCUUUUACAGCAACAACAACAGCAAGCGGCUAUUAAGCUUCGCUGGGCCAAGCAGAAUACGCCCAGUCCAUCGAAUGCCAAAUCGCUGGCUGAGAUCCAGGCGGAAGAAGCAGCUCAGUUGGCGCAACAAAAAGAGAAGGAAGCCAAAGAAAAGGCCAACCAGCAGGUGAACAUGGCGCACCUAAACCUUGCGGCAGCCAGCGCUUGGGGGUCAUCACACCAUAGUAAUUCUGCGUGGACUUCUGGCCGUACGGCGGCUGCUGUUGUGGGCCAACACCAACCCCCACCACCUCCCCAAUCGACAGCCACUACCACUGCCGCCAAAACCAAUCAUUCCACCAGCACGAACGCCGACUGGAAAGCCGGUCUGACUGUUGGUUUCUGGGAGGAACCAACUUCUACACCUUCCGCUGCUAAAGCCGCAAGUAAACCGGCACAGCAACAAACGGCGGCCAAGUCUGCUAGUGGCGCCGCCAAGUCUGCUUCGGCCGCCGCUACAAAGCAGCCGCAACAAGCGGCCAAACAAGCGGCCGUUUCCAAAACAGUGGCGGCGUCGACGACGUCGAAUACCAAGAACCGCAACAAUAAAGAAGAAGAAGCGGUUCGUAAAUUGUUUAAUCAAACUGCCACCACUGAGAAGAAGGAUAGCUUUAGUCAGUGGUGUUUCGAGUACCUGAAGAAAGUCCAGGCGCAGAUUGAUGUGCCCACAUUUGUCGCCUUUCUCAAGGACGUGGAAUCUCCUUUUGAAGUACAGGAGUAUGUCCGAUUAUAUCUGGGCGAGGGCAAAGACGCCAAAGAGUUCGCGAAGCAAUUCCUCGACCAGCGUUCCCGUUGGCGUCAGAUGCAGAGGAAUGUCCAACAAUACGAAGAGGACAAUAUGUGCAUCCCGGCUAAGGCCAUUAAUCCGGGACAAUCGUCUGACUUCCAUGAAGUUAAAUCUAAAUCGAAGAAGUCGAAGAAGAAGAUGCAGAAAGUGGAUGCCAGUUUGUUGGGAUUCAGCGUUUCUGCUUCCACGGAUCGCAUCAACGUCGGUGAGCGCGAUUUCGUGGACGGCAUGUGAAUCAUUGUUUAAAGAAAUUUAGGGAUGGACAAUUAAGAUGUCGACAGUUUUACGCAACAAAACACCAACAGCAACAAUUCAAAACGUCUUGAUUGUGGAGUCUUGGUGGGCAGCAAUAAAUAAACAAAACAAAAAAAAAA